AUGCACUAUGCUUGUGGCGCUUCGAUUGAAUCACAGAAGAUCGGAGAUGCGCCACCACGAACUGAUAUCAUGGAGUCGAUAACUUCAUGGGUCAAUCAAAACGAUGAACAGCAGAUUUACCUCUUACUAGGUCCAAAGGGGUCCGGAAAAUCUACUAUCGCCCAUACCAUUGCACGCCAAUUCGACGCCAUUGUGCGUCUCGGUUCGUCGUACUGUUUUUCGCGCGCUGCCCGGGACAAGCGAAAUGCUACGAAUUUGUUCAGCACGAUUGCACGGGACCUCGCUGAUCACGACUCUCAAUAUAGGAAGGCUCUCUGGGCCACCGUGAAAUACAAGCGCGCAUUAUGUGAAACGAUAAACCCACUUACUCAAUUCAAUCGCUUUAUCCUUACCCCUGCGAAUCAAAUGGCAUGCAUCGGCCCUGUGCUAGUGGUCAUCGACGGGUUGGAACACAGCGGUAAUGAGUCAGCUCGUAAAGACCUCCUGACUGCACUCGCAGAGAACGGAGCAGAGCUUCCCCGUAAUUUCAAGUUACUAGUCACCUGCCGGCCAGAGGAGGACAUUUGCGCUGCUUUUGAAGGAAAAUCUCAUGUUAUACAGAAGCAUUUGAAACAUCACGCCGACUCACUCUUUGUUCCGCCACCAACAUCGGGGCAAAACCAGACAAGCAGACCCAGGUUUCGCCCACAGAUACGACGUAAGCCCCAAACAACUCAAGCGCCGACUUGA